CACAGUUCAACACACAGUCAGAGAAUCCAGGUGUGUUCUGGUGGUAGUAUCAUUCUGAGCCACUCCCCUGUAGCACCCACCCUCUUUGUAACGUAUAUAGAGGGGGUUACAGAGUCUCAGUGUGUAACAGACAGCCAGCAGUCAGGAUAUAAAUUACAUUGGACUUUGCUGGGUAACGACAUACCUCACCCCUUAAUUUCUCCCUUUUCAUUGUAACCAGCAUAUAUUUGUUUUAAUGUUGUAACUGAUCCAGUGCAGUUAUUUUUGGGAGCUGUAAAUCUCUCCCCAUGGUAAUUCCUGCUGCCGUAGAUCUUCCUGGACUCAAACCUCUUUUUCUUGGCUUUCACACUCUGUGUACUAUUCUGGAAACUCUGUAUAUGUUGUAGAUAUUUCUGGAUUAUUGGAGUUUUUUUCCUUUCUACAUAGUUUGUUCAGAAUAUUUUCAUUUUUCUUAACUCUGUAUUUUGUUUUUCUUUCUCUCCAGAGCAUAUUUUUAAUUGAAGAACCAUGAAGCUGAUUAUAUCACUGGCGUUUGCUGUAGGGAUUCUAGCCGUGGGUAUGUUUAACUUCUAAAAAAGUAAACGUCCUCUCUGGAUGUUGUACCCUCCUGGUCUUAACUGUUUUAUUUUUUGUUGUUGCUAUUUUCACAAUCUAGUCUGUGCAGACGCUAUACUGGCACAUGCCGGGUUAUUAGAUAAAGUUAGAAUUUUUUUGAGAAAUUCUGAGUCUUACAAGUUGCACACAUAACUAACUUGGAGAAUGUAUCCAAAUCAACUAAUAUAAGCCUUAAUUUUGAAUUCUCCGCAAUUAACUUUUUAGUGAUUUUAAUCCUGCUUGUUGCCUGGCUGGGAUCAUGUUGCUUUCUUUUAGAACUGGACUUGCGUUUGGAGACUGGCAUGGCAAAGCAGCUAAAUUUAACAUUCUGUUGGUUUCUAUGGUAACUGCUCCUUCUGGCAUUCUGCAGAGAAUUCAUCUCUAGAUCAGUAGCUUUUUCAAACCUCCUUAAAGUGUGCCACAAACCCAUUGCCUUCAGGGCUCCAAUAAACCGAGUGCAGCGCUUAAAAUUCUUUUAUUGGGUAUCCGCAUUAAAACUGUUUGUUUUCUAUCUGACCAUGAAAUAAACCUGAAUAUCCCUUUCGGUAGGCUUCACGUAAACAUGACAUUUAUAAGCUGUUAAUGGAAAAAGUAGGUGUGCCACGGAAAUUUCUCUCUCAGACGUUUGCUUUGAUCCAAAAAAGUUUGGAACACUGCUCAUGCUAUUAGCAGGGAGGGGCAACUCUUACACCAGGAAUCUCAUACUCUACCUCUCCAAAUGUUACUGUCCCACAACUCCCACUAUUCUCUGGCCAUAUGUUGCAUUGAAAAAUGUUGGGAGUUGUAGACCAUCAACAUCUGGUGCAGUCACAUUUUGUGCCUUACACGAACUGCAGGUAACUUGGCAAACACAUUUGACUCUUCGGAAGGGAUUAUAGGGCACCCUGGCACCUUAACCAUUGCAGUGUGCUGUAGAAUUUAUAGAUCAUACUGCUUCGAGUGUUUGGUAUGAUUAGGUCUUUGGAAUUAAUUUGUAGUAUUUGUGCACAUUCUCGUUAACGUGUGUGUAUAGAUGUUCUACCUUGGUCAUAACUUGACACAGGACUAAUCACUAAAAUGAGAACUUAAUGUGAAUUUCAUUUUUAAAAUUAAAUUAGAGAGUGGGGGUGGGUGGGAAUCUCAAAGUCUGUUUUUGCUCUCGAUUCUGCAAUAUUGAUCUAAAAUGUUAAAUUCUCACUGUAGUAACUAAACCUGACAUUAUCCCUUUAAAUGUACAAUUGCCAUGUCAGUUCUCGGCAUUCCUGGCACAGCGGUUGUCAUUGGCAAACCAAAACAAAGAUUGUAUUAAACAGCUGUGUGUCCUAUCUAACCCCGCAAGGUGAAUCUGUAACUGGAAUGAGCCUAUUGUAUGUUAUCUGUAGGACAUCUGACAGAGUUUACUCCCUCCUGAGUUUGCCUGUUGGCAUUGCUGCCAACCAUGCUUGGUUGGCACUAUCAUGUGCCAGCUGGCUGACACUGUGUAUGACGUUCUGAAUGUUGGCAUGUAUGUAGUAGGGUGUGGCCCCAAUACAGCAGUUCUCUAUCCUUAGAGGGUUCAUGUAGCGGCUGAAUUCGGGACUUCAAAGGAUCACUAUAGGGUCAGGAACACAAACAUGUAUUCCUGACCCUAUAGUGUUAACACCACCAUCUAGCCCCCCUGAAUAUCUUACUGUAUUCAAGCCAAGAGGCUGUAAAUCUGCAUGCUCUUAGACUCAAGAAAAUCAAGCAGUCUGCUGACAUGUGAUAGCCUGAUCCAAUCACAGUGCUUCCCCAUAGGAUUGGCUGAAACUGACAAGGAGGUAGAUCAGGGGCAGAGCCAGCAUGAUUCAAACACAGCCCUGGCCAAUCAGCAUCUCCUCAUAGAGAUGAAUUGAAUCAAUGAAUCUCUAUGAGGAAAGUUAAUUGUAUGCAUUCAGAGGGAGGAGAUGCUGUGCACAGUGCUGCCCUCUGCUCUGCUGACAGCAGAUCUGAGUGGAUGGAGGCAUAUUAUGCCUCCAUCAACUCAGAAGUCCCUCUGGUUCACUCUGAGUAACUGCAACUGGAGGCGUUCCUAGCUUUCUCAGAAAAUUACAGUACUGUUUACAUGAGAAAUGCUGCAGGGAGCUAUAGUUCUCACCUGAACAAGCUCAUUAAGCUGCAGUUGUUCAGGUGACUAAUGUCCCUUUAAUGUACCCAUGCAGCCCUGUAAGGCUCCUUGAAGGUUGACAUUGGAAGUAAAUAUUUGACAAGAUAACAGAAGGCAUAUAUCACCAGUCACAGAAACUGCUACUGUUAAUAGUUAUGAAAUCUUAAUGCAAGGUGGGGGGGGGGGGGGGAGGAAUCUGAGAGCUUUGAUAGUCUGUUCAGGAGAUGUGAGAUAUGGGGUAGAUGGAAUAGAGUCAGAAUUGUAUAAACUGGCGGUUAUGCAAGUUUUAGCUGGAGAAAAAUAAAGCUGUGUUUUGUUUUUUGUUUUUUGUCCUUUCUAUAUUACAAAGUGUGUGUGUGUGUGUGUCAUUAGCCUUUCAAGCAGAUAACCAGUCCUUUUUCUUCCUGGUUUGGUUAGCUCAGUGGAGCUAAACUCAAGAGGCAGCAAUUGCCCAGAGCACUUGCCUUGGGAUGUCUGGGUGGGGUUAGAAGGGGAGGGCUUGCAAAGGCUGCAGAUGAGAACUGCAGUUCUUGGAAGAUGUUUUUACAUAUACCCACAUUAUGGGUAUGGGGUGGGGAGACAUAAUUAAAGGCAUGCAUGUUUUUUUUAAAUUUGGGUUAUAUCUACAAAACAGUGAUUUUUAAUGUUGUAUUUAGGCAGUGUGGUGUUGUUUUAAUAAGCACAGUUGUUGUGAAAUGAUCACACUAUUAAGUAAUUUUAACAUAAUACUGAAAUGGCCAUUUGCAAUAAUUCUCUUGGAGGAAAUAUCCCUGGGGAAACAUGCACAGCACAGUCCACCCAGUCAGUGCCUUGUUAUCCUCAUGUCUGCCAGCAAUAUACAUGACCCUUCUCUGUACAGCCUAGCACGGGUAUUGUGCCUGUAUUGUCCCAAAUAAGAAGAGCUUUAAUUUCCGGGCUUGUUUUGUCCCACUAUGAGACUUGGUGAGAACCUGCUCCUGGUGUCCAUUACAUAUCCUAAACGCUAAUAAAAGGAGCUAAAUUGAUGAGGUCGCUUGCUCCUGAACCAUGCUGAAUUGGAGUGAGGUAGACCUGGAAAUUGUCUGGCCUAAUCCUGAGUUUGAAUACACGAUCCUGGCAGUGGCACUAUAGAAAACCAUCCACGCAUGCAUUUCUGAUUGGGAAGUUUUAACCACUUAAAAUCCACAAGCAGGACAAAGCACAGUACAAGCCUUGGUCAUGGAGAACAUGGGAUCCAUCCUGUACCUUGUGUGACUCCGGAAUCUGAUAUAGUCCUGACUCAUUUAUAGAUUUGGUACCCAGUGUUAUGGAUGGCGUUUACCCCUCCAGGCCAGGAGGGUGUGUGUGUUCCAGAUUAGCAGAUCACAAAAAUCUAUUCAUUCAUAUAUGGUCAAACUGUACUAGGGGCAAUUGGAGCAUCAGCUUUAAUACCCCAUAUGUUAAUCAGGCAGUGCUAGUAAAAAUUAAUUGUUUUUUAAAAUUUGUUUUAUUUCUUAAUUUUUCAAUAUGCCCUUUAUCUGUCACAUGCAGGGUUAUUCUUUAAAGAGAAAACUAUCGGCUUUUUACAGUGAACCAAAAUAGCCGAACUAAAUAAAAUCUGUAGGGGUUCGCCUCACUCUGUUCUUGUAGGAAAUUACUCUUGAAUUUCCAGCAAUUCAAACAUUGGUGAAUACCUCCUGAAAAUGUCAAACAGACCAAUGGGUUCAUCAAAUGUGACUCAAUCAAAGAAUGGUAACUGCAAUUCCCAGCAAUAUUAAAGUGGGGCUACUGACAAAACCUGGACCACUACUGUUCCUUGGACAGCAUUGGGUACCAUGACUCUAAACUUCCACCCAAGGAUCUUCUGUGUGUGUGUGCUCCGACCUGUAAUGAACAGGCACUUAUCUGGUGCAAUAAUGGAUUUUAUGUCUAUCAAGAACUAAAGUCAAGCGUCAUCUUUCUGUAGGCUUUGUCCAACGUUCUAGUGAGUGACAUUGGUCAGAAAUAUAUUUAUUAAGCUGUGAUUAGCUAGUGCUCUUACACCCGUACCAUGUUCUUUACACUUCCCUGUCGAUAAUAGCCAGCAUGAGAUAGCUGUGAGCUCCACAACAGCAGAGUAACAAACUUGUAUUCAGUGAGUCUUUGAUAUGAGGAACUCUCUGGUUUGAGUAGAACAUAAUGUGAUCUUUGUUUAAUACGGGUCUCCAGGAUAACUUGGCUUACACUUCUCUAAUUUCAGCGUCUGCUCUGACCUGUCGAAUUUGUGAGUUCAGUCUUGGAUCCUUUUGUGUAACUGGUUCCUCUACUAAAAACUGCACUCAAAGCUGCUCCACCAUCAAAACAUAUGCAGGUAUGAUGUUUGACAGUGCUGCUUACUAUGUAAUCGCAUUGGUAAGACCUCUCACAGGACAAUAUCUGUCACUUCAUGUUACACUCAAACUGUGGUGUUUUUUUUCUUUUUUUUUCUCAGCAUACAAAAAGUGAGGAUUCAAAGUGAAAUUAGGUCAAAAUGUGUGAUAGAUUCUCUAAGCCAUCUAUGCUUUCUGCUGGGCUGGGGGGGGUGGGGGGGAGGGGAAUCCAUUGGUUCCAAGCAUCACGGUGAAAAGUGAGGGGGGGUAUUUUGUUUACCAAAGUGCAUUAUGAUAAAUACUAGUUUUCUGUCUGUUGAAAUCAGAUCUCUCUAAUGAUUCAACAAGAUAUAUAGGAGGCUGUGUAUAUAGUGUCAUGCUCUCAAAUACUAAAUGUGGGGCAAUCAUGGUGGAACCAAUCGGCACAUUCCAUUGGUGACAUUUUUGCAUCACUUCUCUGCUCAUACUGUCUAGUAAAAGUAAAGUCUUACAAAUACUACAAUCUGUAGAAUAUUCGUAUCCACGAUUUAUAUUUUUCAUUUUUUUUUUUUCUCUCCAGGUAGCCAUUACCUGUUUUCCAAAUGGCAAUGUGAUCCAAACUGCAAUGCAACAGCUAAGAUCCAAACUGAUCAUAUCCUAAAAAUUGACUACACUGUCUCAUGCUGCAAUACAACCGAAUGUAACAGUGGGAAUCAUGUCCAGCUCUCCCUGUCUCUUGGGGUAGGAAUGGUGCUCUUGUGGCUCCUUAAAGCUCUGUGAACUAAUGCCUUUCUUUGAGAUCUGUUGAAAGAAAAUGGUUUAAAGAAUUGUCUCCCACUGCUUCAAAUUGAUGUCCUAAAAUAAUGUUUCAUCCCACUACAAUGACUAGGCUCUGGGCCCUUCCCUACUUCCUCCCUCACCUUUUCAGAGACCCCAUUUUAAAAAUAAAUAAUAAUUUGGGGCCUACAGAGAAUUUGAGGAAAUAGAAUUUGGAACAUAGACUUCCAUCUGGUUUCAUUGACCAAUCCACAUCUAAACUGCCUGGUUCUGAAAUACAAAGGAAAAUAAUCCAACGUGGAAACGUGAUGAGACAGACACAACUUUAUAAAAGUUCAGAUUCACUGCUGCCCCAAAUGGUCAUGUAUGGAACUGCAAAUGGUUCACUCUUUGCAAAUCCAAGCAAUUCACAUGACAAAUGCACACCCUUCCCAGCCGUCCAUGGCUCAGACUAUCUUUCUCUACAUCCUUGUGCUCGCUCAAUCACAACUUUCUACGUAAUUAAUAAAAACAAUGGUUCAUAAAUGUGGACUUGUAAUUAUGGCUGUGUUUAUAAUGGUAAUUGAGGGAUAAUUCUGUGAAUAUGAGGUCUUCUUCUCUUUGCACUGAUUUCACAGAAAUAUCUCUCGACUGCGGACGUAUCACAGUAAAUUGUGCUGAGUUUGUAUAUUUUGUCAGAAAAAUUAAGGGUGCCAAAAACCCAGAAUAUUAAAGUUUAUUUUCUUUUCUAAAUGUA